AUGCUUCUCUACACCGACGCCAUCACCAACGACGAGCUCAUCUCGGACGCAUACGACCUCAAGGAGGUUGACGAUGUCGUCUACGAGGCCGACUGCGCCAUGAUCACCAUCAAGGAGGGCGAGGUCAACAUCGGUGCCAACGCUUCGGCUGAGGAGGCUGAGGAGGCCCUCGAGGAGGGCGAGCAGCGUGUUAACAACGUUGUCCACUCGUUCCGCCUGACCGAGACCUCGUUUGACAAGAAGUCGUACAUGACCUACCUCAAGGGCUACAUGAAGGCUGUCAAGGCUCACCUCCAGGAGUCCAACCCUGACCGCAUCCCCGCCUUCGAGAAGGGCGCUGCUGGCUUCGCCAAGAAGGUCCUCGGCUCGUUUGGCGACUGGCAGUUCUUCACCGGCGAGUCGAUGAACCCCGACGGUAUGGUCGCCCUCAUGAACUACCGCGAGGACGGUGUUACCCCUUACAUGGUCUUUGUGCGUUUCCACUCUCUCACCUUCUCCCUAACCGCCUCGCUGACCCUGCCCGCCGCACACAGUGGAAGGACGGCUUGA